AGCUUGAAAACAAAGAGCAGUUGGAGGAAGUCUCUCUCAGCAGCAGCACCGUCAGUCUCCUCUGAGUGAUUCGCUGUGUGUUAUCUAGCUUCUCUGUGGACGGAGUCAAAGCGUCUUCUACAUUAAAGUAGAACCUCAACAUUCAGCCUUUCAUCACAGAAGGUCAAUAGGUCAAUCUGGUCCUGAUUCCCUUCAGGAGCUUUUUCUUCCAUGAUGAAUGUGUCCCAGACGAUGGAGACAGAGGAGGACCUGCUUUCGUGCCUCCACAUCAAGCUUUACCACCCUCAGCAGAGCUGUAAGGGCCUUUACGGGCUGCUUCCUCUGGGGACCAGGAGCAGACGCUCGGCGGAUGACCCCCUCAGGCUGGGACGUGACGCCCAGGCCUGCACCUUCGCCCUGGCCGACGUCCGGGUGUCCCGCAAACAGCUGGCCCUCCACACCUACCGCACGCCGCACAGCCCAGACAUGCUGUUCACCAUCCAGAACCUGAGCCAGAGGGGGCGGCUGUCGGUGAACAGCUCCGAGCUGGGCUACCUGGAGAGGACGGAUCUCCCGGACAAGGCCCUGGUCCGCUUCGGGGAGUAUGAGAUGCUGAUCAUCCGUGAGUCCGGCGAGGCCAAGGGGAGCUUCGAGGUGGACUUUGAGGUGCUGGCAGUGCCUCCGUCCAGGGAGACGUGCACAGGCGUGCCCAGUAUGACACCCGUCGUGGAGACAGGCUCACGUGUGAUGAACAGUUUCCCAGGAGAACUCAGAGUCGGCCUGCUUGGCCCCCUUGAGAGUGAUGAGACGUGUUAUUCGUGAUGUUGUGACUUUUUACUUUGUCAUUGGCUUGUAUCUGAAGUGAUACUGUGGUUACUGUGUGGUUGUUCCAUUAGAGGAUGAAUCCCUCUUUGUAAUGUGAAAUCAUAGCAUUAUUUUGCAUAUAUACUGUAAAUAUAUUACUCUGUGUCUAUAGAUCAAAAAGCUGUGAUCUUGAUAUAUCGGCUACUUUUAAAGAGCAAAUCCUGUAACUUCUUGAAGCUGUUCCGUUUCUACAUUUUCAACUUGAGCACAUUAAAUUGUCUUUUUGUUAAA